UUGUCGUCCUUCUGGUCACUAAUUGGGGCUGUGAUGAAUAAACCAAAUCAAUAAGACCUGAAAAUAGCAGCUGGGAUAAUAAACUCAUCAGGAAAGUGUUUAAUGAGGUCAGAGUUCAAGAGAGCUGGUUUCUUUACAACAGGAUUUCAUUUUUGCAGACAAAGCCCCCCCGCCACACACACACACACACCACACACACACACACACACACAAUACUGGCAAAUAGCCUCACAGACCCAGAAGACAACACCAUCUUUGUUUACAGUCUGUGGGAAAAAAUAAAAGCAAUUUCCAACAUAAGAGAAAAAAAACAGAUGACUAUAAUUGUAGAUAAGAGCAAUAAAACGUAUUUAUUUAAUCUAGAGAUGAUAAUAAGUUUUCUCCCCGAAGUAGAUCCACAGCUACAAAACACCUGUGGUAAACACACAUGUACAAUAAUUGGAGAUGUAUUUAUUUUUCCGUGACAUUUCGAGAUCUAUAAUAAACUAGCUGUAUAACUCAAUGCCGAGCUGCAGAAAGGAAAUGCUGGCCCAUUCCUUGAGGGGCUCAGACUGCGCUGCGGUCAGUGAAAGAGAAAGUUUUCGCUUUCUGCUCUCGUGAGUCUCAAGAAAAUGGCACACUGAAAUUAACUGCAGGAGAUUUAUUCUUUUUUACGGGUGUGUGUGUGUGUGGGGGGGGGGGUGGCUACUUUAACACCAGUUACUCUAGCAAGUAUCUAUGCGUGACAUUACCUGUGUCCUAGCUUUUCAUUUGACAUUUUAGCAGGCUUGGUCUUGCUGUUGGCAUCAGGUGCGCGCUCAGUGCUGACUAAACUUUUAAUAAUACAUUCCAGUCUCACAUCUUUGCGCCGAGAAAUCCAUCCGCUCUUCAAGAAAGAAAAAAGAAGCCGAUGCUUUCCUCUUCGUCCAUCUGAGCAUUAUUUACCCGUGAGACAGCUGACUGUCAGAUGUAUAUGGAAGUAACGGUGGUGACGUCAGGAGCAAAGAGCAGCAGGCGGAGAGCGGAGAGAGAGGAGGGAGGGGGAGGGAGCGAGCCACAACCUGUGCCAGUGCGCAUCUUUUCCAAAACUUGUCCGGAGCUGUCAAAGAGCACGGAGCGGAUCCGAGCGCGCCAUGAGUAACAAAUCUUUAAACCUGAACACCAGCCCGCCCCGGGCUGGCGGCACCGUGGACCACGAACUCGUCAUCACUUCCACUUUCGGGACGCUCCUCUCCGUUGUCUACAUCAUCGGGGUCUCGGGGAACGUGUACACGCUGGUGGUGAUGUGCCACUCGAUCCGGUUCGCCACCUCCAUGUACAUCUCCAUCAUCAACCUGGCUCUCGCGGACCUGCUCUACCUCUCCACCAUCCCUUUCGUGGUGUCCACCUACUUCCUGAAGGACUGGUACUUCGGAGACGUGGGCUGCCGCAUCCUGCUCAGCUUGGACCUUCUCACCAUGCACGCCAGCAUCUUCACCCUGACCGUAAUGUGCACGGAGCGCUACCUGGCCGUCACCAAGCCGCUGGACACGGUCAGGCGCUCCAAGAGUUAUCGCAAAGCUCUGGCGUGGGGCGUGUGGCUGCUGUCGCUGGUGCUCACCGUGCCCAUGAUGGUAAUGGUCGCUCAGACAACUAAAAGCACGCCGGACGGGGGUGUGAAGAGGAUGUGCGCGCCCACAUGGGCUCCACUGGCUUAUAAAGUUUACGUAACGGUCCUGUUUGGCACCAGCAUCAUGGCCCCGGGGCUCAUCAUCGGGUACCUGUACGUCAAGUUAGCCCGCACUUAUUUAGAGUCCCAGCGCAACUCUGUGAUCAGCAAAGGCGGCAAAAGGUCACCGAAGCAGAAAGUGCUGAUCAUGAUUUUCACCAUCGUGCUGGUGUUCUGGGCGUGCUUCCUGCCCUUCUGGAUCUGGCAGCUGCUGCCUCUGUACCACACCAAGCCGCUGAGCCUGGCCUCGCAGACGCACACGUGCAUCAACUACCUGGUCGCGAGCCUCACGUACAGCAACAGCUGCAUCAAUCCGUUCCUCUAUACGCUGCUCACCAAGAACUACAGGGAGUACCUGAAGAACAGGCACAGGAGCUUCUACAAGUACACGUCGUCGUUUAAGAAGCGGCCGCCCAGCCUCUACUCGUGGGGCAAGUCGGCGUCCUCCAGCAAUCAGUUCGAGUUCAACUCCGAGACGCUGGUCAUGGGGUCACUGAAGUGAGGAGAAAGCGUCUGGAGCCGGAGCAGCGACAGGUAGGCGGUGAUGUCUCCGUUACGCACGGGCUGGAGUCAGAGCAGCUCCGCGUAAAGCAGGAAGCUGCCAAAGUUUGUUUUCUCUCAUUUUAAAGUGCGGCUGUUCUUUAGUCACUCAUGUUUGUUUGUUUUUAUUCUGUCCAUGAUGGACAGCACACUGAGCCACCCUCCCUCUCUCUCUGCUGCGCUCCUUCAGCUCAGCCUCAGUGGAAGAACUCUUCCUGCGGUGCUGUGUUGCAGUACAAGGCCGCGGCGGUAAUUAGAGAAGCUGAAGCACCUCUUAAAGGCAGAAGUGAUUUUAAGAAGCAAAUGUUAAUGUUUAAUUUAAGGGUGUUUUAAUCUGACAUUGCAUUAUUUGUAUUAGAGCAGUUAAAUAAAGGGAGGUAGUAUGUCUGAAUUUAUGCUAUUACGGACCGAGGACCCAUUUUACAAACGGAAUAAGUCAGCGGAGUUCUGAUGCCUUAUACAACUAACCUCAUAGUCCCGAAAUACGUAUAUAUACGUAUAUGUAAUCAAAUACCGACACAAUAAAUAACAAAUAAUAAUAAUAAUAAUC